AUUUCAGUAUCGGCGGGAAUUCGCUCAGAAUUUCAGUUUUCUGUUAUAAAUACGGAGGAAAAACAAGACACAAUGACUGAAGUAGACACACACUUUUACGAUUCUCAGCUUCAAAAUAUCUGUUCCUUCAACAUGCCAGACGAUGAUGCGGUGAGGAAUAUACCCGACUCAAGAAAAAUAUCGAGCCUUGAAAAUAACGCAGACUUCGAGGGCGGGCUAUUCCGUCAGGACAGGGCAUACAACGGGCCGUUUGACCAUGCGGCGGAAUCAGAGCUCUGUUCGGUGAAAAAUCAAUUUCAAGAAGAUGAAUUUCGGCUUGAGAAGUUUUCUGCCAGUGCUGACUUUUUGGAGUCAGAAAGGACUAAAUGUUCAUCACCAUCCAGCCAAAAUAAUAACAUCGAGAAACAAGGCCCAGUUGUGUGUGAGAGCGUGGAUGUUCCAGUUUCCUACCAAGUUCAUGGGUUGAAACAGCACGAAAUGCCCGUCAUUGGAUUCCACGUUGAUCAACGCAUCAUGCCAGGCUUCAAAUACAGAGUCCGUGUUCUGAACACGUCCAGCAACAUUGCCCAGCAGACAUCGUCACCAGCACGUCACCAAUUCAAUGGACAGGCCCUCCAUCUCCUCCGCAUAGGUCAGGGCUAUGGCCGAAGGUUAACAUUUACCGGUAGCCUAAAUGACAAUCCAAAUUUCUUCUGGUCGGACAGCGACCCGUCCGGUUAUGCCUUCAGCAUGGUGGCAGUGGAUGCAGGCGAUCAGAUGGUGCUGACCGAUCUAGCACGACGACCCAUCGGACGGGGGACUGUUGAAGAAGUCGGCCCAUGUCAAACUGAACUCGGUACUGAGAUAACCAAGGACAAAACAAUCAUCAAACGCAUUUCUGUGAUCAUGAAAGUGCUUCUAAGAUACUCUUGUGAGAGGCAUGGGAUGCGAUCCAUUCGCGCCAAUGAGACUGUGAUUGUACGAGGAGUAGCAAGGGUUGUUAAACAUGCUGGGAAGAGCCAAGCUUUUACUAAAUGUAUUGAACAGAUUGAACUUCCUAUCCAGGGAGAAUGUAUGCUUUACAUGUUAUGAUUUCAACAAAAACAAAUUGAAAACGUUUGCAGCUGACAACAGAAAAAGCUUGCCCCUUCAUUUAAUUUCAGCCAAAAAAGUUAAAAAAUCGUCAAGCUCUAAUGUUCCUCUUGCUGCUGAGUGUUGUUUUCCUCUCCCUGGUCAAAUCUAUAAAUUAUUGCACCUAAAAAUAAAAAUACCCGAUUCCAUACUAAGAAAUUCUGUUAAAGGUAAUCCUUGCUAAAUAUUAUAUACAGAUAUAUACAUGUAUUGUUAUGAAUAAGAUAAUUAUAUAUUUGAAUGCAAUGUGGUAUCUGAUUUUUGUUUAGGCCAAACCAGUACCAAAGAGAGAAAUUACAAAGAAUAGAAAAUGUUAUCAGUA